GGUGAUAAACAACAUGGGGCUGUUAAUGUGGACUUGAAAUAUUCCAAAAGAGACAAGGAAACUUCUCAAAGAAGAUGGCAAAGACCUGCGAACGCUUCGAUUUCAAUCCGGCAUCUUGGUGGAGGCUUUAUGGAGGUGGAGCACCAAAUUUGCAAUAUAUGGCCAUUAGAAUCCUCUCACUGACCUCUAGUGCAUCUGGAUGUGAAAGGAAUUGGUGUACAUUUGAACAGCAUCAUACAAAGAGAAGGAAUAGGCUGACAACAGAGCGUCUCAACUCUCUAGUCUUCAUCCAAUUCAAUAAUAAAUUGAUGUUCAAGAAGGAGAAAAUUAAAAGAAAGAGUAACUAUGAAGUGCUCCUAAGUAGUGAUGCUUCCGAAGCUCAAGGAUUUUUCUUUGAGGGAGGGGAUGCUCAUGCAUUGGCUGUCUUUAGGGAUGAGGAAGAUGAGGGAGAAAUGCCAGAGACAAGGAUACCAUGGAGUGUCAUUGGAGUUGCAAUGGGAACUAAUGAACAGCUUCAACCUCGAAGGAGUGCAAGAGUGGCUAGAGAGGUGUAUGAAGAAGAGUGGGAAUCUGAAUCCGAAGAUCUUGAUUAUCAAGAUGAUGACAUUGCCUAUGAGGAUGAUCAUGAUGAAAAAGCAAUUCUGAAUUGCACUACAUUUGCGGACUGAGCAGAUUUCAUGAUGGCAGCAUGCUGCCAAGUUAUCUAAAUAUCAUUAUCUACUUGUCUACUUAUGUUUA